CACUUAAAUUACAAUUAAAUUACAGUUGUAGAAAUGGGCAUUUAGUUGCCAUAAAGAAGAUAGAUAGUAAGAAUCAAUCAACUAAACUUCAACGCUUCGUUUCAAUCUUAUGUAAAAAAUGGAGGUGCAACAAUGGUGGAAGCUUAGAUUCUCUUUCAAGAGCGCAACCAUUCUCGUCUGCUUCCUCAACAUAAUCACUGCUAUCUUCUUGCUUCAUGAUUUUUUCACUUCACCCUACACCCGCACUAAACUCUCCACUGCAAAUUAUAACUCAGCUCAACUCAUUUACAUUAAGGAAUCUGAAGAAAUCCGUCUUGCCAUGCUACCGGUGGAGCUAAUAAAAAGAGUGAAAGAAAUUGAGCAGGAAGGCUACACCAAACCAGAAACAGCCCAGAAGAAAGACACUAAGCAAACAGCUGCAGUUGAUCUGUCUAAAAGGUUAAAGGAUUUCCGUUCCGUGAAUGAUGCUUCCAGCUUGAAAGCUUUGGAGGAAUGGCGUAAAAGAAAGAUGGAGAGGGCGAAACAAAGAGAAUUGGAGAAAAAUGGAACAGGAUCCUCUCAAGCUUGAAGAUAAAUGUGUAAUGGGGAAAUGAGUAGGUCAUUAGUGUAUACUGCAUAGCAUUGUCACACCCCUUUGGAUCCUUUCCUGCAUAAAACAAAGGGAGGGAGGAGAGAUGAAGGAUAUAAAAGAGAGAAAAGAAAACAAAAAUAGCUUGUGAUUGAUACCAUGUGACUCACAUAAUUUUAUUUUUCUAUAAUACUGAGAUAUAAAGAAAUAACUUACCAUA